UGGUACUGUAGAACUCCGUGUAGCAUCGCCCCAUUGGCGCGAUAACCACGUGUGCAUCUACGCGCCCGCAUUUAAACCGUUACAAAGGCACAGAAGUUUGCAUAGGUGUUCUGUGGGCAUAGAGCGUGGGGCCAUUGCGGCGACGGGUCUGUGCCGCGCUUCUACACGGUUCUGCUGAGUUCGUGCUGUUGGCGUUUCCUGAGGCGUACGGGCUCGAGCGAGGUGUGCAAGCCAUGGCGAUGGUACCAAUAAAGUUUCAUAAACAAAAAAAUAUAGGUGCUGACUACAGCUACAGUGAUGACCAGGAAAGCGUCAGUUCCGGCUCACGUGUGGAGGCAACAAAAAGCAGUUCUCCAAAGAAACAAAAGUACAAGUGCCCCCUGUGCCCCAAGGCAUUGGGCACAGCCCGAGACCUGGAGAUCCACGUGCGCCGUCACGAGCAGUGCAAGCCGUACGCCUGCACGGAUUGCGACAAGGCCUUCUGCACGCCAUUCGAGCUGGACCAGCACGCCCGCUCGCACACGCUGGAGCAGCCCUACAAGUGCCACUUGUGCUCGUGCACGUUUGCGACGGCGGCCACGCUGCGCAAUCACGCCGCCACACAUCGCACGGCAGACUCGGUGACGUACCGCUGCCGCGCGAGCCCCACGUGCCCCGCAACUUUCCGGCGCGUCGCCACACGCAGUGCACACGAGCGAACGCAUCGCACCGACUGCGUGUACCGAUGCGAGACGUGUGAACGCACCUUUCCGCAGAAGUAUAACUUGCAACGCCAUCUGAGGCUGCACGACGGCAACGAGCUCCACUGCUGUCCCACGUGCAAACGCCUGUUUUACAACAAGGAGCGCCUGGACAUGCACGCCAAGAGCUGUGGCGACUUCUGCAGGUGCAGUGUUUGCGGGAAGAGAUUUCGAGAGGAGGCACAGCUGGCGGCACAUGUCGCCAGCCAACACGAUGGCUCGGCGCCUGAGCUGUCGGAAGAAAACCGGGAUGCCGUGGCCCAUGUGUCCAAGUGGUCAUCCGAGAAGGAACGGGUGGAUGGCUGGUCGAGCAGCGAAGGUGAAAGCACCGAUUCAACUGCCCGGCCCAGCACUGCCCCAAAAAGAAUGAGGAAUGACUGGCGUGUUCACCUGCGAUCACGUGGAAACAAGAAUGCCUCCAACAGUCGUGGGAGGCCCCGCCGGCGUAGCUGCGAGAAUGGCUCGUCGCCUUCACAACAGCCACGACACAGUGACGCGCGGGAUUCUCCUUCGCCACCACCCAAGCACACCACUGGGGAACGACGCGCAGACGAGGCGAGCGUGGGCACUGGCGAAGCUACAGACGUCUAUAAGAGAAGCAGCCCAGUCUAUCGGUGCCCAAGUUGCGAUGAACCAUUUCUCAAGUGGGAUGUCUUGAAGACCCAUGCAAUGCUUGAACACGAGCUGGUUCUCUCGUGGUUGACGUUCCAGUUUGUAUGCCACAUCUGUGGCAAGGCCUUCAAGCAAAACAGCAACUUGAAGACCCACUUGAAGUCGCACGACCGCGUGGUCAUGUUUGUGUGCGACAUCUGCGGCCUGGGUUUCACCUUGAAGCAUCACUACAAACGGCACAGGGCAAACAAGCACUACGAAGACUAAGUGUGACACCAAUCAACUGGGCAUGCGAGGCUGUCACAGCGCAAGUCAGUGUUUUUAGAAAGCUUGUAGUACUGAAGCUUUAAUUUUAACUUGUUAAAUGAUUUUAACUAUUUAACUUGUACCAUAUACUAUAAAUUAUUUGUUUGACUGAAUAUAAACUUCGGCACUGUGUUCCUGCAACAAUGUUUCGUUGAAAGGUGGGGGGAAAGGACUCUUGGAAAUUAGUCAUCUGGAACAUUGUACAAUCCUGCCUCAUCCCGAUCCAAGCGUACCCGCCAAAGUUGAUCAGUCGCUGCUGAGCUUGAAGUCGAGGGUACAAUCCUUGCCACAGCAGCGCCAUUUCGAUGGGGAGCAAAAAAUGCUCAUGUGCAUAGAUGAUGUGCAUUCCAGGUGGCCAAAAUUAAUCUGUAGACCCCACUAUGCUGUGCUUCAUAUUUUGCACGUCAGAACAUAGAAUUUAAUUAUAUUGUUUUAUUUUUAAUGUAAGCGUAUGUGUCGAACAAGGCAUGGAUUGAAUUUUCAGAAGCAGCACUUGAAGUGAGAGGUAAUGCACCAAGGCAACCAAUAGGUAAGCCCUCCCAAGCGACGAAGGACCUAAUAAAGAAACGACAAAGAAUGAAAGUGUCCAACUCAAGAAAUCAGAUAGAAUAUGCAGAACUGUAAAAACUGAUCCUGUCACGAUCCACCCCGGGUCGUGAACAAGGGAGGGCUUCUCAGCGUGGUGGUGCUGAAAGAUUACUGACCGGCGAGCUGCCGUGCUCGUCGGUGUUUAUUGUGGUGCGGGUGACCACUGUUGCCUGCCGAGCUAUAGCAGGCCGCCGAGCUUGGCGGGUGAACCAAGAUUAUGUCCGAGGGGGCGUCACCUACUUGCUACAGAUCCACAAGGAGAAAAUAAGGAGUAUUUGAAAUUAUAAUGUAAGAAAGACUGAGGAAGCAGUAAAAUAAUGGGCGCAGCACGAAAGCAGUGAAAAGAAAACAUGGCAUAGGACAAGCCAAGAUGUAUUCACUGUAAGAUAAGCAGGGUAAUAUCAAUUUUGUAGAAAUAGUAAAAGCAGCGCAAGAAUUUUAUAAUGACCUGUACAAUACCCAGAGCAGUCAAGAUACCUCCACUCGAAGCAGUAAUGAACAGGUUACAGGGGCUCAUUCUAUAACUAGCGAGGAAGUUAAAAAGGCUUUACAAGACAUGAAAUGGGGAAAAGCGGCAGGAGAAAAUGGAAUAACAGUCCAAUUAAUCAAAGAUUCAGGAGACGUGCUUGAAAAGCUGGCAGCCUUUUAACAAACUGUUUUAUAAUUUCAAGGGUCCCAGAGAAUUGGAAGAAUGCCAAUAAUAUACUAAUCCACAAAAAGGGAGACAUUAAAGAAUUUAACAAUUAUAGGCCCAUUAGCUUACUUCUAGUAUUGCAUAAAAUAUUCAAUAUAAUUUCCAAUAGAAUAAGGGAAACCUUGGAAUUCAGUCAACUAAGAGAACAGUCCGGCUUCAUGAAGGGAUACUUUACAAUGGAUAACAUCCGUGUCAUUAAUCGGGUAAUCGAGAAAUCUGCAGAGUACAAUCAGCCUCUCUAUAUAGCAUUCAUAAAUUAUGAAAAUGCAUUUGAUUCAGUAGAAAUACCAGCAGUCAUAGAGGAAUUGUAGUUGAGUACAUGAGGCUAAAGUAAACACCUUGAAAAAUAUCUGCAGAGAUUCCACAGCUGCCUCAAUUCUCCACAAGAAAAGUAGAAAGAUUCAUAUAAAGAAGAGGGUCAGACAAGGAGACGCAAUCUUUCCGAUGCUAUUCACUGCAUGCUUGGAAGAAGUAUUCAAGCUAUUCAACUUGUAAGGCUUACGAGUGAGGAUCAGCGGCGAUUAUCUCAGUCACCUUCGAUUUGCAGAUGGCAUUGACCUGUUCAGCAAUACUGGGGACGAGUUACAACAAAUGAUUGAGGACCUUAACAGACAGAGUGCAAGAGUGGGGUUUAAGAUUAUUAUGCAGAAAACAAAGAUACUGAUCAACAGCCGGGCAAGGUAACAAGAGUUCAGGAUCGCCAGUCAGCCUCUAGAGCAAGAUUGAUCCAAAUAGGUCACGAAGCUUCAGGCAAAAAGCAGUUCAGGACAAAUUUAUUUAUUUAUUUAUUUAUUUAUUUAUUUAUUUGGGAUACCCUCAAGGUACAUAAUUGUACAUUGCAGAGGGGAGGGGUGAGAAUACAUUCGAAGAGUAAAAAAUGCAGGAUUAGUUCAAGGAAUUUCCAAGGAACAAAAGCAUUAUGAAAAAUGUAGUAAUCCAUUCAUAAUAAAUAACAGAGACUUACAUAACAUGAAAAUACAGAAAGAAUACACUUUAGCAAGCAGACAAUGUUCACAAAUAAGUACAUAAUUAUGCCAUUUGCCACCAUACAUUAUUUUAUGUUGAUUAGUGCAUUCUUAAAACGAGUGGGGUCACUGAUGCUUACUAAUGAUGUAGGUAGAUUAUUCCAGUCGACUGAAGUCCUAGGAAGGAAUGAUUGUGAGCACGCGACGGUGUUAUGACGGGGUACGUUAACUUUAUGUAAGUGGUCACGACGAGUCGAAUAAUAAGGCGCAGUUUGGAUCCAAAGAGGGCGAAGAGAUGCGUUGUGGUAGUAGAUUUUAUGAAAAAGGGAAAUGCGCAAUUCUUUUCUGCGAAGAGAUAAUAAUGGAAUUUGAAGGGUACUCUUCAUUAAUGUAACAUUGGCAGUGCGAUGGUAGUUAGCUAAGAUGAAACGAACCGAACGAUUUUGCACCGAUUCAAUUUUGUUAAUUAAUGUGAUCUGAUGAGGAUCCCAAACGGAUGAGGCAUAUUCUAAUUGUCACUGAUAUCAGCAAGGGUGGUUAUGGGAGUAGCGAUCGAAGCGCGACUAUGUCUGAAUGCAACAAACAUUGGGAAAGAAAAUGGCGUUUUUUAAUUAAAGCAAGACACACUCAUUCAACGAAAAUAAAAUUCCUAAUCAGUUUUAUAUAUGCGUGACGAGUAAAGAAAAGACAACUCUAUUUUAUUAUUAUCAAUAAAUACCUUUUUCACUGCC